AUGAACAAAAGAAAAAGUCUUCAUGCUAAUUCUUCUAACAGCAGCAGAUCAUUCAGAGUAUUAAUAUGUGGAGGUGGUGUGAGUGGUCUUGUAUUUGCUCAUUACUUGCUCAAUCAGGAAGGUUGUGAAGGAAUGAAACUUCCAAUUGAAAUUACCUUUGUUGAGAAGGCAACUAGAUAUGCUCAGGUAGGAGCUUUGAUUACUGUAGAUGGACAACAAACUUUGGAUAUUUUGGGAGAUAUUGGAGUUUCAUCAACAACAUUACACGUACCAUUGGAGAAACAUCACUAUGUAGACUAUAAGGGAAAAUUAAUUCGUGACUUUGAUGCUUCGCUCAUUCACAAAUAUAAGGAUAUUUCUAAACUAUUCGAAAGGGCAACCGUACAUUCGAUUCUUUAUGAUAAAAUUGGACCACAGAUAGCAGAUUUUAGAUUUAAAACGGUGGUUCAGAGUAUUUCUGAAACUUCUAGAGGACAAGGAGUCAAGAUUCUUCUAGUUGACCGUAACACUUCAUCAUCAAAUGAUCGUUUAUCCUUGGCGAGUGGAAGAUGUGGAGUUUCACCUUCAUUGCACAUUGAUCAGAAUUUGUUAGGUCCUAUUGAUAUCUGUUGA